GAUGCAGCCAAACCCCAGCUCACACAAACUCCUGAGCAUCAGCAUCAGCAGGCCAGACAGCUCAGGGCGCUGCACAUUGAAACGCAAAGCUGUCUUGGCUGAAGAAGGACGGCUCCGAGUCUAAGAGGAGAAGUGGGAAGGAGAAGAAGGACACCGCUGCUCAGCAGGUGUCAGCUCAAGCCGAGGCUUCAUGUGAGAUGCGAUUAAUUGAUGAGCAGAAAUCACCAGAGGAAGAAAUGAGCUUCGGUGCAGCGUGCAUUUUCUUGCGAGGAGGCAAGAACAUUUCACGAGAGCUGGCUGAGGAUGAAAUUGAUGAGCUUCGAGAUGCGUUCAAUGAAUUUGACAAAGACAAGGAUGGUCUAAUCAGCUGUAAGGAUCUGGGGAACCUGAUGAGAACAAUGGGCUACAUGCCUACUGAGAUGGAGCUGAUCGAACUCAGCCAGAACAUCAACAUGAACCUUGGAGGUAGUGUCGACUUUGAGGACUUUGUAGAACUGAUGGCCCCGAAGCUCCUGGCAGAGACCGCCGGGAUGAUUGGUGUGAAGGAGCUGAAAGACGCAUUUAAAGAGUUCGACAUGGACGGCGACGGAGAGAUCACAACAGAGGAGUUGCGGGCAGCUAUGAACAAGCUGAUGGGAGAGCACAUGAGUCGCAGGGAGAUCGACGCCAUCGUGAAAGAGGCAGAUGAUAAUGGAGAUGGGACUGUAGAUUUUGAAGAGUUUGUCAGAAUGAUGUCUGGCCAGUGAGCUUCAACAACUGGAAGAAGAUUUCACUUUACGAUGAACCUGCACUAACGGCGACUUUGAAGAUCUCUCAUCAGCCAGAAUUUUUACAACUUUCAGGAUAAACGAAAGAAAGCAACAGUUAAUUCAGCACUGAAAAUAAAACCUUAUUAACCUUUUCUUAAAGAGGAUUCUAUGCAAACUAGUGCACAAACAUUGACAUUUUUAAUGAAUGUAGUAGAAUUGAACAGAGGCAAACAGUUAAAAAUGUUUUGUUUUGUAUGCAUGCUGUAAGUUAUUUUUGAUUGGUUUGCUGAAAUAUUAUUUUGGAAAUAAAGAUAUUACUGAUA